GUUUAAAUUUAUUUUAAAAAUGUGUGUGUUUAUUUUAAAUGAUGGCCUAAAAUGGCGGCUAAACCACCAAAGCCGCCAGGAUUUUUAUUAAAACGUAGCAAUAAUGACGAAAGUGGCAGCGAAAGAAAUUCUAAUAAUUGCAAUAACAGUAAUAAUAACGGUAAUAAUAUCCAUAGAGUUAAUGGUGUCAAUACUCUAAGCAAUAACUAUAAUAAUAGUAAUAGUAAUAACAGUAACAAUAACAAAUGUUCAGUGAAAAAUAAUACUACGGAUUCUAUACCAAAUUCAAAUAAUUCAAAUAUAACAACAACGAAUAUAGCAAAAGCAAACUGUAAUUGCACAAAUAUAAGUAUUAUGCACUUAUUUCAUGAAAUGAAACAAGAAUUUCCAACCAUACCAGAUACAAUAGUGACACAGUGCGUGAAUGAGAACUGUCAUCAACGUGAUAAUUGUAUACAAAUGUUGCGUAAUGAAUUGGCUGCAAAUCCGAUGCCAGCCCAAGCAUAUCCAGCUAAAGUACUGCAACAACAAAGACAACAACAAGUGAAAUUGCAAACGCAACACAGUUUACAGAAACCCCCCACACCCUUAAAACCAACGCGUGCAGCACCAACGCAUCCGCCUAUUGUAGCGACUAAGCCCACAAAAAACAUACAAUUGACCCAAACGUCGUCCAGAACGAAAUUCAAUAAUUCCCACAAUCCUGUGGAGGUAAAAAAUUGUGAUAGUGCUAGUGCUAGUGCUAGUGAAAUAACAAAUAGCAACAAAAUUAAUAAGAAAUUCAAAGAUGUUUAUAAUAAUAAUUCAAAUAGUGUAAUUACACAGAAUAGUGUCGGUGAAAGUACAAGUGAUAUGCCAGCAAUUACAAAAACAAUAACACCGACACAACGCGCAUUAACGAGUGUAAAUAGUGUGAGUGAUAUGCAAGAAUGUUCUAAUUAUGAAACAACAAAUAAUACGGCAACACCAACAGCCAAUAAUAAUAAUAGUAAUAAUAGAUGGCCUAAAAUGGCGGCUAAACCACCAAAGCCGCCAGGAUUUUUAUUAAAACGUAGCAAUAAUGACGAAAGUGGCAGCGAAAGAAAUUCUAAUAAUUGCAAUAACAGUAAUAAUAACGGUAAUAAUAUCCAUAGAGUUAAUGGUGUCAAUACUCUAAGCAAUAACUAUAAUUAUAAUAAUAGUAGUAGUAAUAACAGUAACAAUAACAAAUGUUCAGUGAAAAAUAAUACUACGGAUUCUAUACCAAAUAAUUCAAAUAUAACAACAACGAAUAUAGCAAACGCAAACUGUAAUUGCACAAAUAUAAGUAUUAUGCACUUAUUUCAUGAAAUGAAACAAGAAUUUCCAACCAUACCAGAUACAAUAGUGACACAGUGCGUGAAUGAGAACUGUCAUCAACGUGAUAAUUGUAUACAAAUGUUGCGUAAUGAAUUGGCUGCAAAUCCGAUGCCAGCCCAAGCAUAUCCAGCUAAAGUACUGCAACAACAAAGACAACAACAAGUGAAAUUGCAAACGCAACACAGUUUACAGAAACCACCUACACCCUUAAAACCAACACGUGCAGCACCAACGCACCCGCCUAUUGUAGCGACGAAGCCCACAAAAAACCUACAAUUGACCCAAACGUCGUCCAGAACGAAAUUCAAUAAUUCCCACAAUCCUGUGGAGGUAAAAAAUUGUGAUAGUCAUAGUGGUAGUGCUAGUGCUAGUGCUAGUGAAAUAACAAAUAGCAACAAAGUUAAUAAGAAAUUCAAAGAUGUUUAUAAUUCAAAUAGUGUAAUUACACAGAAUAGUGUCGGUGAAAGUACAAGUGAUAUGCCAGCAAUUACAAAAACAAUAACACCGACACAACGCGCAUUAACGAGUGUAAAUAGUGUGAGUGAUAUGCAAGAAUGUUCUAAUUAUGAAACAACAAAUAAUACGGCAACACCAACAGCCAAUAAUAAUAAUAGUAAUAAUAUUAAUAAUAACAAUAAUACAGCGGUAACAGAAAUCCCAUUUACACCACCACAACAUCCACCUCGCGCUCGUCCAACAACAUUAAAUUUGCAAACUCAGCAACAGCGCCAACAGCAACAGCAACAACAACAACAACAACAGCAACAAGUUCUCGAACAAAGACAACAACUACAUGUACAACUACAACAGCACAUACAGCAACGCAAUCAACAGCAGCUGCUACAACAGAAGCAACAAUCGCCUCUACCACACAGACCACUAAGAAAAGCACCAUUACCUCCUAUACCACCAAAACCUUCGCAACUUACCUCGAACAAUGCUGUCAGUCCACAAUUUCACCACAAUAGUUCACUACAUUCUCAGCAGAGUAGCUUUUCUAACGAAUCAUCAACUCUCACCAGUCCGAUAAGCUCAGGCGAGUCAGAAAUAUCAGUAAAUGUUUCGUUAUCGUCGCCAACAGCUCACCAACACACACCACACAAUAACAAUCAGCUCAAAUCUCCCAUACGACAUCGUUCAGUUAUUACUGUACAACCCGAACCACCGUACACACGCGAUUUUCUUGUCUCUCCAACGUCAAGUAAUUGUAGCGGCAUUAAUAAUAGUCAGAAAAGUUAUACAACGGUCAAUUUAACUUUACGACAACCAAGCGCAUCCGUGCCACAAUCAACUAUCGAUAUAUCUGCAGGCCCAGCACUAAACGGUAACGGCACCGGGCUAACGUAUUCGAGUACGUCGUACGAUGCACGUCGCGGUUAUCAAAAGAACUUUCAUAUAACGGUCACCGACGAAGGGGGUGUAUUUAGUGCAAGUCGCAUUCGGCCACGAAGUUGUGUCUAUCCAGCAGAGGAGGAAGAAAACGAUUCAAUAACUGGUAACGGUGGUGUCAACCCAUUACGUACUGCCUCCUCUGAGCAUAACGUUCUAGACGCCGAACAACAACAACUAUAUCAGUACACUAAACAACAACAAAAACACAAUCAAAUGCAAUUACAGCACAGCACUGUGGCAAUCGGUAAUGCGCAGUUCAACGAUAUGUGUUUGUCUAAGGAAUUUGAUGGUAAAUCGAAUAAAAUCUUUAUUUACUUUGCACUUUCGAAUAAAUGCCAAAUAUUUAUUUGUAAUUUAUCAAUUGUAAGUUAA